AUGUCGUCGCCACUGCCAACGAAGCGGCGCAAGCUCAACGAUGCCAACAGUAAGCUCCACAAGCCGUUCAUUUCGCCCAUGAGAACACCCAAAGCGGAACGAGUGCCACUGCAAGAAGACCCUAACAAGGCCAACACCACAACACGUCCAUACUUACCCAGUACCCUGGCACACACCAUCAAACAGCCCAACACCACUACAGGAAGGCUUGCGAAUCCCGCCUCUACGAAGCCUGACAUGAACACGCCCGCAAAACCCACACCGGCCAGGAAACAAACACCAACCCUCUGGUCCUCGAAAAAGAAAGAUCCCGCAGAAGUAGCCGCCCAACGCGCCAUCACCUCCCUCGAACUCCAGAUUAAGAAGGUUCAAAACGACCUUGACGCCCUCAAACAAGCCAAACAACUCUCCACCACCUCUACCGACGCCGAACUCGAAGCCCUCUCCGAAAAGUGGCGUCUAACCUCCCAGUCCGUUGCAGAAGAGCUCUUCGGCGAAGUCAAGGAACGCGUCCAGCGGAUGGGCGGUGUAGCAGCAUGGCGGGAGAUGGAGAAGCGCAAGCACGAUCGUGCACAUGGAAUGGGAGACUUUGCGCAGGAGGAACAGCAGGAAGACGACGAUGCGGACUGUGAGUUUGACAGUCAGGGCGAGGAGUUGCCAGAGGAGGAGCAGGAGUAUAGGAAGAAGAUGAAGAGGCAGGCGAAGAAGGAGAUGAUGGAUGCGGCGGACGUCCCUGAUGAGGUGGAGGUGGAUCCAAAUGCGCAGAAGUCGAAAGUGUGGCAGGAGGAGGGGAAGGAUGAUGAUACUUUUACCAUGGAUAUGAUGCUGCGCUCGCUCAACAUUGAGCUGGGAGUCAUAGGGUAUGAUAAGGAGACGCAGAAGUGGAUAUGA